AUGUCUCACACUCAGCGCGAAACUCCGGUUCUUGCCGAGCUCUGCACCCACUUGGUCGAGGACGUCUAUGGUGAAUUGGCAGCGCGGGUAUACUCGAUCCUCGCCCGCCAUGGUCGCCAAACGCUGGCAGCAAUCGCCCGCGCCUCCUACCUCACUGGCCGCCAAAUCAAAUACGGCCUCGUCAUUCUCCUCCAGCAACACCUCGUCUUCCACUCUGGCGACCAUACGCCCGUGACCUACUAUGAGAUUGACUGGCAGAACUCGUACAGCAUCGUGCGCUUCGGCAAGGUCACUAAGCUCGUCGAGGAUCGCUUUGGCAAAAAGGCCGCCAACGUCAUGUCCAACCUCCUCGCGCUCGGCCACACCCGCAUCGCAGACCUGAAAGAGGCAUAUUUCCCAUCAGAGACGGACAGUGGCGAUGAGUCGGACAGCGGCAUAGUGAAUGGAGCUGGCAACAAGCGAAAACGGACGAACGGCACACAAAGCAACGGUGCAGUCACCAGUGCAAAUGGCACGGCCAACGGUGCGUCUUCUCAAUCAGACGGCGUGAACGGCGCAGCCCGUGUCAACGGCACAGCCCAUGACGACGAAAACAAAGACGAUGAAAUCAAAUCAGCCGAUGAACUCUACGACGUCAUCAGAGAAUUGAUCGAGCGUGGAUGGGUCAAGACUGUCACUGAUCUACAAUACCUCUCUCCGGGUGAUGUACACGACUGGGUCACACAAGAGGUCCUCGAGCAAGAGUAUAAAGGCAUACAACCAACGGGCAUCAAAGAAAAAGACAGAAUGCUUCGAUUCAUUCUGCAGCGCAAGCGAGAGAUGCGGGACGCGUGGUUGACGGCGCCUAAAUUCUCUCGUUCCCAGUCCAACGGCACAGAUUACGGCAGCAGCAACAAACGGGUAAAGAUCAAUGGAAGCAACGGUUGGACGGCAGGUGGUGCCCAAUCGAAUGAAGACAGCCUUGUCGUCCGCGUCAACCCCGACAAAAUCGCCGUUGCCAUGCGCACCGAACAGCUCGUACGGCUGGUCGAGCAACGCUCUGGAUACGUGACCGCGCGCAUCUACGAGACCAUGCUGCGAAUGGUAGAAGCUCACACACCAUGCUGCUAUGAGGAGUUUGUAGAUCCUCCCUUGCCAGGCGGUCAACAGCCCGAAGAAAUUGCCCGUGACCCUCAUACGCUCGUAACCGCGCGCGAUGUCGCAAAACAUCUCAGCAAAGAAGUCGACGUCUGUGAAGGCCUGGACCCCAAUGCGGUUGUAUUAAUCACUCACAAAGGGCACGUACGCAGCUCCAACAUUCUCAGCCAGCCCAUAGAUCCCACCAAGCUCACCCUAGACGAAAAGACACGACUAGUGGACAAGCAUAUUAUGCUCCUAUCUGAUGACCCAUUUCACUUCGUCACGUGGCAUUCACGCGCUGGCUUCUCGCAAUGGCACAUUGAGUUCAACGAGAUUGCCAAGCAACUCAUCCAAACCGAAGUCGAAAACACCAUAUACGCGAGAAAAGGCAAGCUUGGCGUCAAGCUGAUCCGCGCAUUGCGCAAGAAAGGCAGGCUGGACGAACGCGCCACCUGCAACACCAUGAUGAUGUCCGCAACCGACAUUCGCGGCAUCAUCAACGACCUCACUGUCCAAGGCUUCGUACAGACUCAAGAGAUUCCCAAAGUCGAACGCAGAGAGGCAAAACACUCACUGCAUCUCGUCUGGUAUGAUCGCCAACGCGCUCGCGAGAAACUCCUACAUGAUACGUACAAGGGCAUGGUUCGCAUACUGCAGCGCAUCGCUUUCGAACGCGAUAAAGUCCAGCCCCUGCUUACCAAGGCUGAGCGCUCCGACGUGGUUGGCAACGAGGAGAAGUGGCUUAGCAAAGCCGAGCUCGGUGCCCUGAAGAAGUGGAGGGAGGUGCAGGAGAAGCUGCUGUUGCAGUUGUUCAGGGAAGAUGAUCUCGUGGCCACGUUGCGCGAUUUCUACGGUCCGCUCGCCUCUACUUGA